GAUAUGUCAGUAAUGAGAUUCCACUUGUUACCCGUUACAUAAAUCUCAGACGAGAAAAUCUCAUAAUUACAUGUGUUGGACGUGCUUUUCACACAUACAGUUCUGAUAGAUUUCAACUUCUAUCUGUAAGCCCACAACAUGAGACGGACAUCACUUGUUUGGCUGCAGAUAGUUACCUGGUAUAUACUAGUUGUGGAAACCAAAUAUAUGCUUGGCGACGUGGUAUAGAACUGAAACACACAUAUUCAGGUCAUAAAGCAGCAAUCAAAUUAUUGUUUCCAUUUGCGGCCAAUUUAGUGUCUAUUGAUGAAUCAGGAGCUCUUAAAAUUUGGGAUGUGAAAACUGAAAGUAUAUAUAAAGAAAUUCAAUUAGACUUCACUGCAACAGCUAUAUGCCAUCCACCAACUUAUACUAAUAAAUUAUUAAUUGGCUCAGCUGAAGGAAAAUUACAGUUGUGGAACAUAAAAACAGGAUCCAUGAUUCAUGAAUUUAAAGGUUGGAACAGUCGUGUGACCAGCUUAGAACCAGCUCCAGCUGAAGAUAUGAUGGCUAUAGGAUUAAGUAAUGGAAAAAUUAUUUUGCAUAAUUUAAAGUAUGAUGUAACCAACAUAAGUUUUACACAAGAUUGGGGCUCUGUUACACGUAUAAGUUUUCUUAUUAAACGACAAUUAAUGAUAACUGGUAGUCCAAAGGGCACUGUAGUAGUUUGGAAUCUCGAAGAAGGAAAAGUCGAUAGCUUAAUCGUUAAAGCGCAUCAUGGACCAGUUUGUGGUCUUCAGUGUUUACCGGAUGAACCGCUUCUUGUGACUUCGUCUUCUGACAAUUCUUUAAAAAUGUGGCGGUUUGAUAUGUCUGAUGGUUCGGCUAGUCUGUUUAAAAUACGCGAAGGUCAUUUCAAACCUCCUGUUUCUAUUCGUUUUCACGGUGCAGAUGGUGCUAGUAUUUUAAGUUCUGGAAAUGAUUCAUCAUUGCGUGUUUUCAAUACAAUCACCGAAAUCGCAAAUAAAAGUUUUGGACGCGCAUCAUACAAUCGUAAAGCUUCCAAAAAAAGAGGAAAUAAAUGGGCCGAUCCUCUUAUAAUGCCUCCAAUAUCUACAUUCACAUCAGAAACCACUCGAGAUAAAGAAUGGGACAGCAUUGUUGCUGUACAUAGAGGUAUACCAACUGUGACUACUUGGUCGUUUGACAAGAGUAAAAUGGGAGAACACAAGUUAUGUCAUGAAAGAUUUAAGAAAAAUGUCAGUGGGCAGAAAGGAAUCAGCGCCACAUGUGCAUGUCUUACACAUUGUGGUAAUUUUGCAGUUAUUGGUUAUAGCUCUGGUCACAUUGAUAAGUACAACAUUCAGUCGGGCUUACACAGAGGAACCUAUGGGCAACCAAUCGCCCAUAAAUAUGUUCGUGGAGUCUAUGUAGACAUUUUUAAUCAAAUAAUGGUAUCUGGUGGCUCAGAUACAUUUUUAAAAUUCUGGAAUUUUAAAAAAUUAAAUUUAUUGUCUAAGUUGGAAUUGGAAGAUACAGUUUCAUUAUUUAGCUGGCACACAGAAAGUUCUUUUCUAGCUGUUGCUUUAGAUAAUUAUGAUAUUUAUCUAAUUGAUAUUGAUACUCGCACCAUCGUAAGAAAGUUUAGUGGUCAUCGAGGUCCAUUGACUGAUUUGACUUUUAGUCCAGAUUCCAGAUGGUUAGUUACAUCAGCAAUGGAUUCAACUAUUCGUACUUGGGACAUUCCAUCAUCAUCAAUGAUCGAUAUACUUAAAGUUGAUACACCUUGCGUUUCAUUGACAUUUUCUCCAACUGGUAGUUAUCUAGCUACAGCACAUGCUGACCGUUUGGGAAUAUAUUUAUGGUUUAAUAAAACACUAUAUAAUCAUGUUAGCUUACGACCCAUCACUAAAGAAGAUCAGAUCACAGAAUCUCUUCCAUUGACUGGUGUUAAUCAAGAAUCUUUAGAAUGCCCUAUUGAUGAAGAUACUGAUGAAUACAUCUCUAAAGUGCAAAUUGAAAACACUAUAACUAUGAGUGGCCUAAAUGAUGCCAGAUGGCAGAGUAUUUUAAAUUUAGAUGCUGUCAAAAAGAGAAAUAAACCAUUACAACCACCGAAAGCUCCAGCUGCUGCUCCAUUUUUCCUACCUACUAUACAAUCAGUAGACUUUCAAUUUGAUUUAAAAGGAGUUGAAAAAGUGAAUUCCAAUACCAAAGUUAUUCCGGAAACAUUAAUGCAAACUGUUUUUGCUCAGCAACUUUUAAAAGCCACUACAAUAAAAGAUUAUCAAGUUUUAUUUGAUCAGUUAAAAUUAAUGGGACCAUCAGCUUUGAACUAUGAAGUACGAAGUUUGUCUCCUGAAGCUGGUGGAACAUAUGAACUGAUGGUUAAAUUUUUAGAGCUUUUAAAACAAGUAUCUGAAAAAAAUAAAGAUUU